AUGGAUACAGCCAGCGAGUCAGCCGGGGAGAGUAAGCCGGUGUGCCAGUGUGCCCCCAAGUCUGCGGUCCAGCGGUGGUUGCCCGGUUUGCCCGUCGCUCUCUGCCUGCUCAUGUCCCUGAGCUCCAUCACCGUGUGUCUCCUCAUGAGCCUCAAGACCUUCCAGCUGGAGGACCGCCUGCAGAUGGAGAUGGACAAGGCGUCCUUCUUCAGCCCGCCGCACAGGGCUUUUCUGAACGAGGACGGGACCCUGGUUCCAGAGCUGAGCGCCCCGAUAGGGAAGCUCGUGGAAGAGAAAGUGGUGGUGCUGAUGCCGAAAGUGCGAACAGCAAGGGAUGCUGCUCAAGAGUGCUCCUGUCCUCCAGGAACUCCAGGCAAGGCUGGACGGGAUGGAUACCCGGGUCCACUUGGCAUGGAUGGCAAACCAGGUUUACCGGGUCCUAAAGGAAGCCAGGGACCAGCCGGCCCCAAGGGAGAUAAGGGUGACCAGGGAGACAUUGGGCCAAGGAACUAUGGCACAUACGCAGGUCUGCACAGUAAUCAGAUUCUCACCGUCAAGGGUGACCAGGGCCAGGCAGGACCCGCUGGUCCUCCAGGUCCCCCAGGUCCUCCAGGUCCCAGAGGCCCCCCUGGGAACACAGGCAAAGACGGGCCCCGUGGCCCUGCUGGAGAACCGGGUUUUCCAGGUCGUGAUGGCGCUGAGGGACCACCGGGGUUGUCUGGAAAGCCGGGAGAGGCCGGUGAGCCCGGCUAUCAAGGGGCACAGGGUCCUCCAGGGAUGAAGGGCGAGCCAGGUGUAGCAGCAAAGGGAGAGAGAGGUAUGGAUGGACUCCCCGGAUUAAAGGGUGACAAAGGGGAGAUAGGAGAGCAAGGACCGGAGGGAGCCAUGGGUUAUCCUGGAGAAAAAGGCAGCACAGGUUCUUCAGACAUCAUUGACUUCAAUGGGAAGCUCCUAGAUGCUUUCCAGGGCCCGCCUGGACCCCCCGGACCCCAAGGCCCUUCAGGGGAAAAGGGUGACCUCGGGUUACCUGGUCUAGCGGGAGUUGAUGGGGAGGAGGGACCUAAAGGUGACACAGGACCCGCUGGCGAGAGGGGGGAGAUGGGGCUCUCUGGGCCUGCUGGUAUGGACGGACACAAAGGAGAGAAAGGCGACUGCAGAAUGGACGACAACCUGAUUCAGAUGAUAUCCCAACCAGGCCCACCUGGUCCACCUGGCCCUCCCGGGUCCUCUGGAUCCAUGGGGCUGCACGGGAUGCCUGGUCCUAAGGGUGAGCCUGGAGCUGGUAUGACAGGAGAGAAGGGAGACAUUGGUUCACCUGGACCCAGGGGACCAGAUGGCCUCCAGGGACUCUCUGGAUCUGCAGGGUUAGUGGGUCUUCCAGGUGCCAAGGGAGAAAAAGGCAGAACAGGGGAGCCUGGACUUGAUGGUUUCCCAGGUAUGACGGGAGACAAGGGUGACCGAGGUGAAAGAGGAGAGAAGGGCGACAGGGGGACAGUAGGGAAGAGAGGUCUAAAGGGACAGAAGGGGGAGCAGGGUCCUCCGGGCUUGGACCAGCCUUGUCCUGUGGGACAAGAUGGGAUGCCAAUACCAGGCUGCUGGCACAAGUGAUGACUAACCAGCAGCACUGAAUCUGUACAUAUUGAUCUGGUAUAUAUUGCAACUGAAUACUACAACAAACAACCCACUCCUUUCCCCCACUUUUUUUAUAAGAACUUUUAUAUAAUAUAUUGAGAUUUUUUUUUUAAAACAUGGACCUUUUUGAGUCCAAAGUAUUAUGAAAACAUUUUUUUUUUUUAAAGUAGAGAUCCAGUGUGGUUGAGAAUGCAGCGGUGCUUUUGAAGACGAGGAGCUGAACUGGCAGUGGGACUCUUACUUUGAAGGACAGUCCAGCUGACCAUGUUGGAGAGAAGAGUGCCUUACUAACACAGUCUGCCUUGCUGCCUGAUAGUAAACGUUGCUUGGGAAUGACGGCGUGUGCACUCGCCCCCGGUGGCGAGGACGGAUGGACAGAUCUCUCGGCAGAUGGGGGAGUGUGGGGUCAGUACUCUCUUCUGCUCUCUCUCUUCUCUGAAAGGAGGACAUGUCGAGGCAGAAGCUCAAACGCAAGCGUCUCUCUCAGCCCUAAAGGGGGUGCGGGGCCUGGUGGAGAAAGGACACAUUGACAGGCAGAGAGCACGAGGGGCAGAUCGGCCUUUACGCAGCAGCGGAGCCACGCAAGGCCUCCGCGUCACACCGAACACUCAGACCCCCCCGUUCUGGAAACCCCUUCAGGAGGGGGGGGCGACAGAGGACACUGCGAUUUCCACAUCCACUUGGGAGGAGAAGACGCACACUGACUGAUGAUGUGACGCGAUAGCUUGAUUACCAGUUUGUUUGGUGGGGGGGGGAUGUCACUGGCACAUAAGAGAGGAGUUUACUGCACAGAUACAUUGGACACGUGGAGGUGAUCUCCUGUAUGGCUCUUUUGUAAAGCUUUUUGCAUGAUCAUAAUCCUGAGAGCUUGUAUGAUGUGUGGCCCCAGGUGAAGGUAGAUUCAUUUUCAUUUGCAACAAGCAGUCUUUAACAGUCUUUCCAUUUGAACAAGCCACUCAGAGGGGUCGGUAGGUCAACCUUUUUUUUUUAUGGCUUACACUUAACAGCAGUGGUGACUCGCGUGUUGUUUUGUUUUAUUCCGUUAGACUCUUGUCUGAUUUUGUCCAGUUACAUUUCAUUCCUGUGCACUGGCAUGUUUGCGGAAUAAAUAAAUGAGUGAAGCUUCAAGACCGGGUUUGAAGGAACCAGUCACAGUAUUCAUGUUAUUUCAGUGUUUCAACCAGGGAGCCAAUCAGCUCCAACAUUAGCCUGUUUCUGUUUUAGCUGCCUGAACAAACGGUUUGCUGAUCAGAUUCUUUUCUUAAUGAUUUCCAGCGUGACUGAUCAUUAUAUUUUAACCAUUGAUGAGGACAUGUUUAAUUACUGUUGCCAGUUUUAUUGUUGUUACUUCUUGCUGCUGACUUAAAUGUGUGCGUUUUUUCUGUUUGAUAUUUUUUUUUUGGAACCAAUAUUAGUCAUUUGAACUGAAGGACUAACAGACUUUAAGUUUGGAAUUUGAAACGGAUGUAUACAACAGCCCUAGUUUUUUAUGGUAAAUAUUCAUUUUUAAUCAGCAAUAGACAGUUUUAAACUUUGAAAAGCCUUUUCUCAGCUGGAAUCAUUUCUUUGUGUUGUUAAAAACUCUGCUUACAUGUACAAUCUAGGGUUGUCAAGGUCACACACAUGUACACAGACACGCAUCAUUUUUCAAAUAACCUGUGUAAGACUGCAUUAACAAUUUUUUUUAUAUUUUGGCUGCAUGUAUACAGGACAGAGAUUACAUGAAAUCAUUAUUUGGUUCUGUUUACAUGUGUAGAAAUACAUUGAGUUUCAUGGUAAAUUGUAUUUUCUUAGCGGUCAUAUAUUAAAACUGCAUUGGUAUUAGCUGCACUUUUUGAUACAUUAUGAAUAAUAUCAAGCAAUCCUCUUUUUUUUUUAAGGCAGGAUACGUGUUCAGGUUAAUCACUAGUCUUACCGACUGGUUAGUAAGGAGAAGAACACAAAUGCAUCGGUGAUGUUUGAAUAAAUGAAAAUGGAACUAGUCCAACAAGGUCAAUUUGUUAAAAGGGUAAUUUAGUAGAAGGGUGACUGGUUCAGGGCUGAAUCCAGUAGAGACAGUACAUUGGUAAUCUUGGUCAAUAGAAAUAUUGAAUAGCGGAAGUGUAAGCUGGCUCUUCCCUAAAAUUAUGAUGUUCAACAUCUGUGAUUAGCUUUAUUUUUCCAAACAUCCUUUUUACGUUAUAACUGCUCAGUGCCAAAGUUGCAUUACUGACAUCACACAUAACAAGUUCCAUAUCGGUGGGAUAAACUCAAUGUUUUAUGUUUUUUUUUUACUUCAGAAAUGUUUUGUGAGAAAGAUCUGUGCAUCAUAUAUUAAACGUAUACAAUGCACUGAUUGGUGAGAGGUAUUCUAGGGAUGUUUCCCCUGAAACAAAGAUCUGUAAAUGAGGUGUAUUACCAUUAAGCUAUCACAGAAUAGCCGACACACAAACUUCAUUUGAGUAACUUUUUGAAUGAGAUUCUUUGUUUUUAUUGAAAGGUUUAACUGCAAAUUGUGCAGGUCUUGGCAUUAUUUUACUGGAAGCCGAUGGUUAUCUGUCACUUAUCUUUUUAUUUCUUUUGCAGAUUCUAUCAGUUGCAGGUUCUAGGCUUAAUGACGUCAAUAGAUGCCAAAAAUAUCUAACUUUACAGUUUGGUGUUUUAGCAAAUCAUAUAUUACAGUAUUAGCUUGACUUUUCGAGAAUGUUUUUUUUUGGUUGUGUAUUUGGUUGUAAAAGAAUUAAGCUAUUUUUGUAAUUACUUGUCUAAAUAUGUAUAACUUGAGAACUGGUUAACUAAACAUGUAGAAUGAAAUAAACUGGUUUUAUGGUUUCUUGUCCAUUAAAUCAUAAAUAAUCA